CCGGAGCACCUAAACGGGAGCGGGAGUCUUUCCGGGCCUCCGCGAGGACCGGCGCGCUCGGAUGUUGUCGCCGUGACCCGGGCGGGGCAGGAGGAGAAGCUGCCGCCGCCGCCAGCAGGCCAGGUUGGGACUCCCCGAGCCGGGCGGGAGGAUGAAGCGCCGGAGCGCCGACUGCAGCAAACUCCGGCGGCCGCUGAAGCGGAACCGCAUCACGGAGGGCAUCUACGGCAGUACUUUCCUGUAUCUGAAGUUCCUGGUAGUUUGGGCCCUCGUGUUGGUGGCUGACUUUGUUUUGGAAUUCAGAUUUGAAUAUUUGUGGCCAUUCUGGCUUUUCAUCCGGAGUGUUUAUGAUUCCUUCAGAUACCAGGGAUUGGCAUUUUCAGUAUUUUUCGUUUGUGUAGCAUUCACAUCAAAUAUCAUAUGUCUGCUAUUCAUACCAAUACAGUGGUUGUUUUUUGCUGCCAGUACAUAUGUUUGGGUACAGUAUGUCUGGCAUACGGAGAGAGGCGUGUGUUUACCAACAGUAUCACUAUGGAUACUGUUUGUUUAUAUUGAAGCAGCAAUCAGAUUUAAGGAUCUCAAAAACUUUCAUGUAGACCUUUGUCGACCUUUUGCUGCACACUGUAUUGGAUACCCUGUUGUGACUUUGGGCUUUGGCUUCAAAAGUUAUGUCAGCUAUAAAAUGCGAUUGCGAAAACAAAAGGAAGUGCAGAAAGAAAAUGAAUUUUACAUGCAACUCCUUCAGCAAGCAUUACCCCCUGAACAACAGAUGCUACAAAGGCAAGAAAGAGAAGCAGAAGAAGUAGCCAAAGGAUUGUCUGAGAUGGAUUCCUCAAUACUUUUGCAACACAAUGGUGGCAUUCCAGCUAAUAAAAAAUUAUCUACAACAUUACCGGAACUAGAAUACAGAGAAAAGGGGAAAGAAAAAGACAAGGAUGCCAAAAAACAUAACCUUGGAAUAAAUAACAAUAUUUUGCAACCUGUAGACUCUAAAAUACAGGAAAUUGAAUAUAUGGAGAACCAUAUCAACAGUAAAAGAUUAAAUAACGAUCUUGUGGGAAGUACAGAAAACCUCUUAAAAGAGGACUCAUGCACUGCCUCAUCCAAAAAUUACAAAAAUGCUAGUGGAGUUGUGAACUCCUCACCUCACAACCACAGUGCAACUAAUGGAAGCAUCCCUUCCUCAUCAGCUAAGAAUGAGAAAAAACAGAAGUGCACUAGCAAGAGCCCAAGCACACAUAAAGACUUAAUGGAAAAUUGUAUCCCCAAUAACCAGCUAAGCAAACCAGAUGCACUGGUAAGGUUGGAACAAGAUAUUAAGAAGUUAAAGGCUGAUCUACAGGCCAGCAGACAAAUCGAACAAGAGCUGCGUAGUCAGAUCAGUUCUCUGACUAGCACAGAGCGGGGGAUCCGAUCGGAAAUUGGACAGCUCCGACAAGAAAAUGAGCUGCUUCAGAAUAAACUGCAUAAUGCUGUACAAAUGAAACAGAAAGAUAAGCAGACCAUUGGCCAAUUGGAGAAAAAGCUAAAAGCAGAGCAAGAAGCACGGACCUUUGUAGAAAAGCAGUUGAUGGAAGAAAAAAAAAGGAAGAAGUUGGAGGAAGCAACAGCUGCUCGGGCUGUUGCAUUUGCCGCGGCUACCAGAGGAGAAUGCACUGAGACGUUACGAAAUCGCAUCAGAGACCUGGAGACAGAGUGCAAAAAGCUAACUAUUGAUAUAAAGGUGAAAGAAGAUCAGAUACGAGAUCUAGAAAUGAAAGUUCAGGAAUGGCGGAAAUACAAAGAGAAUGAAAAGGACACCGAGGUAUUAAUGUCGGCCCUUUCAGCCAUGCAGGAUAAGACGCAGCACUUAGAGAACAGCCUGAGCGCAGAGACAAGAAUCAAAUUGGACCUCUUCUCUGCUUUAGGAGAUGCCAAAAGACAGCUGGAAAUAGCUCAAGGGCAAAUAAUUCAGAAAGAUCAGGAAAUCAAGGACCUAAAACAGAAGAUAGCGGAAGUGAUGGCAGUCAUGCCCAGCAUAACAUACACUGCAGCCACCAGCACGCUGAGCCCAGUUUCUCCACACUAUUCUUCCAAAUUUGUGGAGACGAGCCCUUCUGGACUUGAUCCUAAUGCCUCAGUUUAUCAACCCCUGAAGAAGUAAGCGCCAACUUUCCACCUGUCGCACCGAAGGCAUCAACACAGAAAAAUCUCUUGCAGUCAAGAUGAAAUUUGUAUAGUGUGAAACUGUACUGAUUUCUUGUUUAAAAAUAAAAAUAAAGGGAAGUGGGGGGGCCCAACACCAAGGUUUGACUCAAACUGCCCAUCAGUUUUUUCUUGUAAAUUUUUAGAAAAACUCACAAAACUUUACAAUUUUUUUUUCUUGGCCAAUGCAUUAAGGGGGAAAGAACCCACAAUUCUUGGUUUUCAUAUAGCAAAUUCUGCUUCUCUUUGUUAGUUAAAGUCAAUUCACACACAGAUACCCACACAUAAAUGAAUUGCUGCAAAAAAUUUUCCCUUGAAACUACCAAAAAAAAAAAAAAAAUAGCAGCUCUGCUUGAUUUUAAACCCUUCUUUCUCCCCCCACCCAUUUCUUUUAAAUAUAAUGAAGCCAAAAUGGCAAAUUAAAAAUGGCAAGGAAUAAUGAUGGAAAUUCUUUAGUCUGUUUUUUUGUUUUUUAUGGCGAAAGGAUUUGUAGUGAAAUAAAGCUUUGAUAUAGAGGAUGGUGAGAUGGGGUUGAAUGGAAGGAAGAAUGUCCAAGAUACCAAUUUAGCUUACCCCACUAAGGACCAAAUGUGUAAUAAGAGGGCAUCAUUUUCUUGAAGGAAGGCAAUAAACACAUGAUAAUGACAUGUUCUUGGUAGUUGUGUGAAGGUUCCCAUCAGGAUGGUUAAUGGCUUUGAAAGAUGCUAAUGUUGGCAGGACCUUGAGAAACUAAGAGAUGCCAAGAGGGAAUUUGAUAAUUUAAGACUUAUCUCUCUUCCCCCACUCCCGUUUUGCUCCCACAUAACCUAAAAAAAAAACCACCUAAAACUCGUUUUACAGAGUCUAUUGCAGGUCACCAAUAUAAUUUGGAUGCCAUCUGCGGUUACAUCUCUUUUUUGUUCAUUUUUGGAUACCAAAUCCAACAGUGUUUCCAAUGAUGCGGAUACGCUGUAGCUGAAUAGUAACAGAGGGAGUAUUGUAGUAAAAGCAGAGCAGUGCAACAUAGGGUAUUCCAGAGACUGUCCGACUGGUUUCAUAAAAAGGGCAGCUUGGGUGUUUUGGUUUUUUUUUUUUUUUAAGUCAAAUUUCAAUUAAGCUUUUUAUCAUCCUGAGUUUGACAGUUUCAUUUCAAUGAGACUGGGCUAAAAUCUCAGCCGUUGUGCCAAGGAGGUUUUGUUUUUUUUUUUAAAUAAUUUUUAAAAAAGAAACUCAAAAUUGCACAAAGAUUUCAGUUUAAAUGUAUAUUGUGCAUUGGUAGGAAAGUGUGUUGCACUGGCGACUUUUGAAGUGUUUAAGGUUUGAGUAUGGGUGGGAGGGGCAGUGGGGCAGGGAUUCAAAAUUGUAUUAGUAACUAGCAAAAUUAUUAAAGAGAGAAAUGAAUUCAUUAUGAUUUUGCAAACAUGCAGUGGACUCUGGAAGGACAAAGUUCUUCUUUAAAACACUUUUUAAAGUUUCAUAAUUGGCAGGUAUGCCUUGUUUGAAAACAAAUUAAGUAGGACAAGCAAGUCAAUAAAAUAUGAGUAUUAAUGGUCCAUCAUUUUAAAUCAGAUUCUUUUUCAGAUUAAAAAAAAAAAUCCUAGCUUUAGCCAGGUGUGCAUGUUGCUGUCAUUUUGCUUUUUGGAAUCAUCUUGUGUAAUUGUCACCAUGAAAGUGUUACUCAGAAAUGUCAUUGGUUUUCAUCUUUGUGCAAAACAUGGACUCUUGUCAUUGACUUUUUUGUGUUGAGGUUCCCCCAUUUUUUUAUUUUUAUUUUUUAUUGUUUUAUUUUUCUUGGCUGCCCUUUUGGGCACUCUUUCUGUUGAAAUACUUGGUCUUGGCUGCAUUCCUUUUUUUUUUCUGUGGGGUUUACAAAAAAAAUAUAAAAAUAAACAUUUUCUUGCAGAUAA